UUUUGGGCGACUUGUCGCGUGUCCGCGUCCACCCUCUCUCCCUUCCUCGGUUUCGUGGCCCGUUACCCCACCCCGCUACCCGCUUCUCUGCGUGGGCACCUGACGCCGCGGGCGACCCCGACCCCGAGCGGGCUUUGCCGGCCAAUCGGCUCGCCCGCGCCGACCACCGCGUCGGCCGCCGCGCCUCCUCUCCUCGCCGAGAUCACCUGAAAAGGCAAGCGAGGCCAGCCUGAAACCCCACAGAAGCCCGAACCAAAAAAACGAGAGGGCCAUUUCGUCUGCCCGCUCGCGCUCGGUCGCUCUCGCCCACCCCGCGCCCCCAACUCGCCUGCCUUCCACUUCCUCCGCUCUCCCGAUUUCUCCUCCGAUUCCUUCGCCGACCCGUUUCUUCUUGGCAAUUUUUGGUUGCGCGGGCCAUCGCCCCGCCGGCGCCUGGGUACAGCAGCUACAGGACAGGGCCAGGUCCCUCUUCUAGGAGAGGCCUCGCCCGCCGCCUCCCGCCCCGUCUCUACGGGCGCCGCCGUGGCCCGUGGAGCGGAGAUCCAUCCGGACUUGGAUCGGUCUCGUCUCCUGGUUCUCUAUUUGGACGAUAAAUAAUCUGUUGAGACUUACACAAUUGAACUUGGCACCCAGAUAACAGCUAUUGUUCUAUUGCCAGUUCGAGCAAUAUGGGUUGGCUGACCAAGUUUUUUAGAGGCUCAACCCACAAUAUCUCGGAAGGGCAGUAUCACAGCAGGCCUGCAGAAGAUACAGCAUGGAAUGAACCCUCUAGCUCUCCUGUUGUCACUGACAUCUUUUCAGAGUUUAACAAUGAGGAUAUUGACCGUGCUAUAGCACUCUCUCUAUCGGAAGAGGAGCAAAGAAAGGCAAAGACCAUAGAUAAGGAUAUGCAUUUGGAGGAGGAUGAGCAACUUGCAAGAGCUAUCCAGGAAAGUUUGAAUGUUGAAUCACCCCCUCGCAGAAAUGGCAGUGCCAAUGGUGGCACUACAUAUCAUCUGCCUCGCGAAACUGGCAAUGGUGGCAAUGCAUAUCAGCCAUCUCGCGAAAAUGGCAGUGCCAAUGGUGGAAAUGCAUAUCACCCAUUACCAUUUAUGUUCUCAUCCGGAUUCAGAGCGUGCGCUGGAUGUCACAGAGAGAUUGGUCACGGGCGUUUUCUCAGUUGCAUGGGAGCUGUUUGGCAUCCAGAAUGCUUUCGUUGCCAUGCCUGUAGUCAACCGAUAUAUGACUAUGAGUUCUCCAUGUCCGGGAAUCAUCCAUACCAUAAAACUUGCUACAAGGAGCAGUUUCACCCAAAAUGUGAUGUCUGCAAGCAAUUUAUUCCUACAAAUAUGAAUGGCCUUAUUGAAUAUAGGGCACAUCCUUUCUGGCUACAAAAAUACUGUCCUUCACAUGAAGUUGAUGGCACUCCGAGAUGUUGUAGUUGUGAAAGAAUGGAGCCAAGGGAAUCAAGAUAUGUAUUACUGGAUGAUGGUCGUAAGCUCUGCCUGGAGUGCCUUGAUUCUGCAGUGAUGGAUACAAACGAGUGUCAGCCUUUGUAUCUUGAAAUUCAGGAAUUUUACGAAGGACUGAAUAUGAAAGUGGAACAGCAGGUUCCUCUGCUUCUGGUAGAGAGACAAGCUUUGAAUGAAGCCAUGGAAGGAGAGAAGGCUGGUCACCACCAUCUUCCAGAAACAAGAGGACUGUGCUUAUCAGAAGAACAGACUGUUAGCACGAUACUGAGGAGACCAAGAAUGGCUGGAAACAAAAUUAUGGGAAUGAUAACAGAGCCAUAUAGGCUGACACGGCGAUGUGAAGUGACUGCAAUUCUCAUUCUGUAUGGUCUCCCAAGAUUGUUGACAGGUUCAAUUUUAGCUCAUGAGAUGAUGCAUGCAUGGUUGCGACUUAAAGGAUACCGGACACUGAGUCCAGACGUAGAAGAGGGCAUUUGCCAAGUUCUUGCUCACCUGUGGAUCGAGUCAGAGAUCAUGGCCGGAUCAGGCAGUGGUGCUGCUUCGUCAUCCUCAGGAUCUUCAUCAUCCAUGUCAUCCAAAAAGGCGGGGCGGUCUCAGUUUGAGCACAAGCUUGGGGAUUUUUUCAAGCAUCAGAUCGAGACAGAUACUUCCAUGGCCUACGGAGAGGGUUUCAGAGCCGGGAACCGGGCCGUUCUUCAGUACGGCCUGAAGCGCACCCUCGAGCAUAUCCGGCUGACAGGGACCUUUCCAUUUUGAAGUGGCAUGGAUUCACAUUUUGCGGAAAAUCUUAUAUUAUAUACGUGAUUUGUCAUCCAGUGUUCCUUUACAGCCAAAGAAACCAAUUGUACAAACAUUCUUUCCAGAAUCCAGAGAUAUAUCUUGGAAGGCAAAAUGGGUAUUAAAUGGUUGAGAUCGAUGGCCAGCCUGACCAAUCAUUUUGUAUUGUGACCAAACUCUGGAACGAAAACAAUGGUAAUUUUUUUUUUACACAUGGCGUGAAUUUCAAUAAAUACCAGUACGAUUUUACAGUAUGUA